GCAUCCCGAGCCUUCUAGAGAUACGAAAUCUGAAUCUGAAAAAAAACAAACAGAGAAUCUGAAGAUUUUUCGUUUGGAGUGCCAGCUCUAAUUCUGGCUGCCAUUAUGCCUCUGUUAGAAGAAGGUUCUGUGCCGAGGGACUGUACUCGAACUGUGCCGGUAGUCAUCAUUGGUAACGGUCCUUCCGGUAUAUGCUUGUCGUACCUUCUGAGUGGGUAUACUCCUUAUUUAGAUCCAAUGGCUGUGCACCCAAACCCUAUCCUCUUUCGUAAACUACAGGAAGCCAAGCAGCUUCCCAUCACUGAACAGGAUUUGGAGUUUCUUUGCGAAGGUUUAGAGGGGCGUUCAGGAAACCCUGUGGCGGUGCUCUUCGACACACUCCUUCAUCCAAAUGCAGAUUUGGGCUUUGAGUUCCCCUCUGUACUGCAGUGGAGGAUGGAAAAGAAACGUCACAUUCCUCAUCUGGUCUUGGGAAAAGCUACACCUGGUGGUGCCUGGCACGCAAUGGAAGGUUCGAUGCUGACCAUUAGUCUUGGUAUAUGGAUGGAGUUACCAGGAGUCAACUAUAGAGAUUUGACCUCAGGCAAAAGGAGAUCGGUGUCCAAUGAUCGAGCCACUCCAGAUGAGAUCUCUUCAUACUACAAAAAUUAUGUCAAGCUCAUGGGUCUCCAGAAGAACUUUGUGGACAAUACCUACGUCACCUCUGUUCAAAAACUUCACCGCAGUCAUGAAAAAAGUCUUGGGAAUGAAAAGAACACUGUAAAUGGUCAGCUGAAUGGUGUGAAAAACGGGUUUGAUUUUUGCAAUAAGAACGGCACUGAGAACGGUCAGAAUGGGUUUAGCAAUGAGUUACAAAAUGGAAUGGGGAAUAGCAGUAGAAGUGGUGAUAUUAGGGAGGAGGAUGAAGAUAAAAGAGGCAAAGAAAGAGUGAGAGAGAGUACUGGGGUUUCCCAAGGACUUUCACAGGGACUCUGGGAGGUCAGGGGCUACCAGCAGCUCCAAGGUGACACUCAUGUCCCGUUGAGCUUAUUUGCCGAGAAUGUUGUCUUAGCAACAGGGGCAUCUGACUCUCCAGCUCGACUGGGAGUAGAGGGGGAGGAUCUCCCUUAUGUGUUCCACAGUGUACGUGACCUUGGGGUGGCUGUCAGCUGUCACGGCAAACUGGGCUCUUCCUCUGACCCCGUGCUGGUAGUGGGGGCGGGGCUUAGCGCAGCCGAUGCAGUGCUGUGUGCCCUGAACCAUAGGGUCUCCGUGUUGCAUGCAUUCCGCAAGUGUGCUGAUGACCUGGGUCUCAUCUUCAAACAGUUGCCAAAGACACUUUACCCUGAAUAUCACAGGGUCUACCACAUGAUGUGUUCCCAAGUUUACUCCGCAUCCCCUGUUGCCAAUCCCAUAGCUCCUAGUCCAUCUUUGUCCCCCGACUACACCAGCUUCCCUGAGCACUGUGUGCUCUCCUUCCAGCCUGACAUGCACUGUGUGAUGAGGGGAUCCAAUGGUGUCCUUAGAGUCUUCAAAGUCUCUAUGGUGCUAGUUCUUAUUGGGACCUAUCCCAACUUGUUUUUCUUGAAGGAGCAAGGGCAGUACCUUGGUUUGGAUCCCAGUAGGCCAAUCUUCUGCAGACAGAAUCCCAUCGACAUAAACCCUUACACCUUCGAGUGCAACACUGAGUCUGGGCUCUUUGCCAUGGGACCCCUUGUUGGUGACAACUUUGUACGUUUCUUAAAGGGUGGCGCUCUUGGCAUUGCUAGCUGUUUGCGCAAGAGGCUAAAACAGAGGAUUGAAAAGAACAGAAAAUUGAUCACCGAGGAAGAAGGAUGUGGAGGACGGGGAAGAGAAGGAAGUGGGGGCGGAGGAGGAGGAUUUGUCUAAGGCUCCAAGAGAAGGUGCCUCAUGACAAGAGUCCUGGAAUACAUCUCAUUUUUAUAUGUAUGCAGUGAAUACUAAUGAAACUACAACUUUCCUACAGCUUACAAGAGAAAGUACAUUUAUAAAAAUGAGCAGACGCUAGGAGAAACUUCUCUCUUCCCAAUGGUGUCUUAUGUUGACUGUCUCACAAAAGGAGUUUUCGCUGGCCAGGAAUAAUGUGCCAAUAUGUCAGUGUCAUGGAGUGUGCUUUACCUCUUGUUUUUACAAAUGCUGUUAGUUGCCUUGUUGUUUGUAAUUAGUUACCUGCUCUUACACUACAUCAUAGAUAGUGUAUCUUUCUGUCAUGAUUGCAGUGCCUAAAGGAGCGUUCACACUGACAGCGUUUUGUAGCGACAAAGCAACCAAGCAUCAUUAAGAGGUGGUCACAAGCAACAGACUUGCUGUUGAGAAGUGACAGUUUAGCAGAGCUAAAAGAUGCAGCAACUAUCAAUGUAAGCGCAGUGAUUUGUCGCGAAAUUGGAUACAGAGCAGAGUAGGAAUGCCUACUAAACACCAACAGCUCAGAAUCUCUGAUAUAAUAUCUGUCAGUGUGAACACACCAUAUGUCAAGGAGGCUUGCAUUAAGCAGUAAAAGAAAGCAAUACCAAAAGAGCAGAUGACUUAGGCCUGAAGGCCUAGUUCAUAAAGAUUAUGUUGCAGUCUGCAUUAAUGUUUCUGCUGUGAAAUGCCAUUUAAAGGGGUCAUAUGAUGCGAUUUAAAU